GGAGGGGGGGCAUUAGAGGGUAAAACCCCCCCUUUGAUUCAAAUAGAAAUACGCCAAAUAGAGCUGGAACGAACCCUGAAACAGUCUUUCCUGCUGGUGGAUGUUUUAAAGAGGAACAUACCUGUUAGAUUUGGUCAUUCUGAGCCUGUUGGAGGGAGGAGAGACUCCCCCCCUCCCGGCUCGCUCUGAUCAGCACCUCCUCCCCUGAGAGCAGCUGCUGUCCGACACCAUGAACCGGCAGAAGGAGCUGCUGCAGCUGACAUGAGGAGGAGGCGUCGCUGCUGCGCCGGAUCCUCUCUCCUUUGAACGCCUGGAGGUGGUCUGAUCCUGCACCAUGGGGGCCCCGCUCUGCAGAUGCAGGAAAUGCCUCUUCACCCUUCUGCAGCUUUUACUGCUGCUGCCAUCAGUGAGCGUCCAGAGGCAGCCGGUGGGCCCCCCCUUGGACUGCAAAAAGACGUGCGUGUGUGCUAGCAACAUCAUCAGCUGUUCGAAAGCGAAUUUGACCAACAUUCCUACCGCGCUUCCACAAUACGCCACCGUGCUGGACCUCAGCUUCAACGCCAUCGCCAGGCUUCGAGCCGGCUGGACCGCCGUCAGUCUGGACAGCCUGGAGAAGCUGCUGCUCAACAACAACGGCCUCAACUUCCUCUCCUCCGAGGCCUUCCUGCACGUGACCAACCUUCGCUACCUGGACCUGUCCUUCAACGACCUCCGCCAGCUGGACGAGUUGAUCUUCGAGCCGCUGGAGCGGCUCCAGGUGCUGCUCCUGUACAAGAACAACAUCUCUCAGAUCGACCGCAGCGCCUUCUCCGGGCUGGCGCUUCUGCAGAGGCUCUACCUGAGCCACAACCGCAUCGCACGCUUCCCCUUGGAGCUGGUGAAGGAGCAAACCCGGCUGGAGAGCCUGGAGCUGCUGGACGUUUCCUCCAACCGGAUCAAAAGCCUCCCCGUCAGCGACCUCCUGGCCCUUCCCGCCUGGAUCGGCACCGGCGUGUUCUUCCACAACAACCCGCUGAGCUGCAGCUGCGACUUGUACGAAAUGGUGGCGCGCUGGUUCCUCAAAGACCUCACCUCCGCCGUGGACUUCACCAGCAGCCACACGUGCGUGAUACCGAGCCUGCGGAAGGCGACCGUGCCCGUCCUGGAUCUGUACAAGGCUCAUCUGAACUGCAGUGAGGUCAGAGGUCUGAAAGAGGAGGCCUAUCUGGGGCAGUCGCUGGUGCUGGAGUGUGACACGAAGCACAGGAACAUGCUGAAACGAUGGGAGCUUCCCGGGAAUGUCACCGGAGCUGUGAUGCGCCCCGACGGGAGCCUCCUCAUGGAGGCUCUCAGAGUGGAGGACUCGGGGAUCUACACCUGCUAUGCCACGAAUGACUCCCUCAAAGAGACCUUGUAUGUGACCGUGGUGGUGUUUAACUCCACAAUGAGGGGUGGGCUGGAGAACAUCAACACGGCCUACACCACCCUGGUGGGGUGCCUGCUGAGCGUGGUCAUGGUGCUCUUCUACCUGUACUUCACGCCCUGCCGCUCCGCCUGUUGCAGCGAGAAGGACGACUUGGGAGGAAGUCUCCAGUCCUCGGAGGAAAACCUUUCCCAGGCCGGCGGCAGACGUGCAGCCACGCCGGAGCAAAACGGGAAUCUGAAUCCCAUCGGAGAAGAGGACGAGGAAGAGGAGGAGGACGGGAGGAAGAGGAAAGGCUCUGACGGCGAGUCGGUGUGCUCUGACGCUCCGAUGGUGGUGUGAACAUUUUAAAGAUGUAAUCCACUUCGGGUGGAACUUAGAGUAGAAAAACAAUAAUGCAAAAAGCUGCAUUUUUAAAGCAAAAAACUAGGAAAUAAUUAUUUAAAUUUGAGGUAAUUUGACCUUUUAACACAUGAGCUCAGUGUUUAUGUUCAUUUAAUUACUUUAGCUUUUCA